CUUUAGGAGGGGCUGCAUUGCAGGGGGAGGCAGGGAGCGCGCACACGCCCGAGGCAGAAGAGCACGAGCCUCGGAAAGGGACAGAGGUGGACACAGAGACAGAGAGACAGCGGAGCAGCCAAAAACCCGCAGCCUCUGCGCCGGACCCCCCUGCCCCAUCCCUUCCCCGCAGCCGCCCGGGAGACCCUCACGCCUCUGCCCACAGGCAACAUGCUGGAUUCAGUGAGUAGCCAGUACAGCUCCUUCCUCUUCUGGAGAGCCCCCAUCCCGGAGCUGGACGUGUCUGAGCUACAGGGGCUGGGCCUGCCCGACCUCGUGGCCUACGAGGUCAGGGGCGUCGGGGGCAAGCUGGGCGGGGCCGGGCGUGAGGACCCGGCCGAGGACGACGCCCUCCUGCCUUUCAACGCCUUCAACUUCUGGAGGGUGCCCAUCGCCGACGUCCACGCCUUUGAGUUGGACUUGAUCUGAUGGCAGAGCCCACCCUCUCCCCAUCCACCCCUCCUCAACCCCACCCCCCGCCCUCUGUCGAGGUUUGGGGAUAGGCUGUGGAGGGGCCAGGCGUUUAUUUAUUUUAUUUAUUUAUUUA